AUGUCCAGGGAUAUGGCGGCAUCUGGCAGGCAGGCGAAGGCAGAGGGGGGGCGCGUGGGUGUGUGGGUGUGUGGGUGUGUGGGUGUGUGGGUGUGUGGGUGUGUGGGUGUGUGGGUGUGUGCGUGUGUGGGUGUGCGGGGGCGCGUGGGUGUGUGGGUGUGUGGGUGUGUGGGUGUGUGGGUGUGUGGGGGCGCGUGGGUGUGUGGGUGUGUGGGUGUGUGGGUGUGUGGGUGUGUGGGUGUGUGGGUGUGUGCGUGUGUGGGUGUGUGGGUGUGUGUAGGGGCGCGUGGGUUCGCCCCCUGGAACCGCACUCCCUCCACCCCUGUCUUCCUCCAUACCUCUCCCAACCCACGAUGGUCCCUGUACAGUCUUUCACAGGUGGGCUGCUGGGCACAGGUGGGGCUGCUGGUCACAGGUGGGGCUGCUGGUCACAGGUGGGGCUGCUGGUCACAGGUGGGGCUGCUGGUCACAGGUGGGGCUGCUGGUCACAGGUGGGGCUGCUGGUCACAGGUAGGGCUGCUGGUCACAGGUGGGGCUGCUGGUCACAGGUGGGGCUGCUGGUCACAGGUGGGGCUGCUGGUCACAGGUGGGGCUGCUGGUCAUAGGUGGGGCUGCUGGUCACAGGUGGGGCUGCUGGUCACAGGUGGGGCUGCUGGUCACAGGUGGGGUUGCUGGUGCUGGUGCUGGCGGCUGGCGCUGGUGCUGGUUCCUGGUGCUGGCAGCUGGCACUGGGGCUGGUUCCUGAUGCUGGCGGCUGGCGCUGGGGCUGGUUCCUGGUGCUGGCGGCUGGCGCUGGUGCUGGUUCCUGGUGCUGGCGGCUGGCACUGGGGCUGGUUCCUGGUGCUGGCGGCCGGCGCUGGGGCUGGUUCCUGGUGCUGGCGACUGUCGCUGGGGCUGGUUCCUGGUGCUGGCGGCUGGCGCUGGGGCUGGUUCCUGGUGCUGGCGGCUAGCGCUGGGGCUGGUUCCUGGUGCUGGCGGCUGGCGCUGGGGCUGGUUCCUGGUGCUGGCGGCUGGCGCUGGGGCUGGUUCCUGGUGCUGGCGGCUGGCGCUGGUGCUGGUUCCUGGGGCGCGUGGGUGUGUGGGUAUGUGGGUGCAAGGGGCGCGUGGGGGCGCGUGGGUGUGUGGGUGUGUGGGUGUGUGGGUGUGUGGGUGUGUGGGUGUGUGGGUGUGUGGGUGUGUGUAGGGGCGCGUGGGGGCGCGUGGGUGUGUGGGUGUGUGGGUGUGUGGGUGUGUGGGUGUGUGGGUGUGUGGGUGUGUGGAUGUGUGGUGGGAGAAAGGCACCUGUCGAGGAAGAUGGCAGCAUCGGGCAGGCAGGCGAAGGCAGAAGGGGGGAGGGCGGGGAAGAAGGCGGCUCUGAUGUGGUCGCAGUGCAGGAGCGCUGCCAGCCCGCCGGCAGAGCACCCCGACACCACCACCUGCUGCCAUGGCAGAGGGGUGCGUGGGGUGUGUGGGUGUGUGGGUGUGUGGGUGUGUGGGUGUGCGGGUGUGUGGGUGUGCGGGUGUGAGGGUGUGCGGUUGGGGUUAGGCGUGCAUGUGGACGUGUGUGUGUGUGUGUGUGUGUGUGUGUGUGUGUGCAUGCGGGUGUGCGUGUGCAUGUAUGGCAAGAGAAACAUGUACUCCAGGGUACGUGCGCAGAGGGGAGCUCGCCUGCUGUGCGUGGGCCAGUCGGAGGUGCAGGUGGUCAAAGAUGGCGUCGCGAAUGGCUCGCCCGCGAAUGAAGAUGCUGCCCCCCUGCUGGUGGUAGAUGUUGAGAUGAGUGGCAGCAGCGAUGAGUGGCAGCAGCGAUGA